AUUGGCAUAUUAAUAAUCAAAAUGUCCGUUAGUUGCAACCCUAGAAACAAAUGUAGUAGCAUAGAAUGAAAGUAGUAUAAAAUGAAAAUACUUGAGUACAAGUACCUUAAGAUUGCACUUAAGUACAGUACUUGAGUAAAUGUACUUAGUUAAUUUCCACCACUUGUUAGUCCUACAGGCUGAAUCCUCACCAAGUGAUGCUGUGAUCCUCAUCCCUAAAACAUGACAUCAUCUUUCAGAAAGGCUGGUCCUCAGUCUGUGGGGGGGUUAGACUGAGGGACGUUCAAAACUGCAAAUCACAGACUGUGACCGCACGGCUGCUGUUGCAAAGGGCGUGGGCAUUGCUUUUGUUUUGUUUUUCAUUGCAUCAAGCUUUCAGCAGGUACAUGGAUCCUCCGGGGACAAAGGAUGUAUUAUUCACCUUGAGGCUGCGUGUGAGCAUCGUCACCUGCAAGGAAACGACGAAUUACGGAUGAAGAAACAUUGUGUCGGCUUUUAUUCACCCGCCUGAAACGACUGACACUCGAACGCACCCCUUGCUAGAUAGAUAGUUCAGACCAAAUGCAAUACAAUAAAUAAAUAGAUCCUAAAAUAUUUUUCUCCAGCCUCAACUUGGCUAUUGUUUUUGCUUUCAUGAGCUUCAUAUGGCUUUUAUCAGCGGGACAAAUUUAGGAGAAUAGUGAGGUAAUCGCAGCCGGUUCAAGUCAGAUAUGGCAGUAAGCACAUCAGAGCCGCUCUGUCAGCCGUGCGCUUACCAUGAAGCUUUCAAAGGGGUGAAGGAAAAAGGGGGGAGAUGUCAGACAGACCUACUGAUUUGGUUGCUGUGUGGUCAGUGGAGCUACAGGUGAAGAGACCUCUCAUGCCUGUCCAGCUGAGUCCAGAGCAGGUGGGCCUGGAGAUGUUGUGUCUUUGUGGGCAGCUGGACCUCCUCAUCAGGGCGCAGAUGCAGCAGUUCCAGGAGCAGUUAGGACAAGGCUGUAGCCCAGAGGAGUCAGACACUUUCCAGGCUCAAGGAUCAGAGAUUCUUGACCAGAUGCUGCAGUGCCUUGAACAUCUACCAAAGCCUAUGCCACAGCUGGAGGACUACCUGGACAUGGUGGGUCUAUCGGCUAUGUUUCCUCGUGUAGAGGUGUUCCUCAUUCAAGGCAGCCCAGUGGACAUGCUGGAGAGGCCACCAAUGGACGAAUACUUCUUCCACAUUGCCAAACUGAACCAGCUCCUGGUGCUGAGUCAACAGCUAGAAGAAGAUAUCAGGCACCUUGGAAGUCAUAAAUACAUCGCCCACCAGCUCUCGGUUAUAUAUCAAGUCACCAGCUCUUUCAGAGGAAUUCAGGCUUUCUCUGAGAUAAAGAAAGACAUUGAGGCCAACUUCAAACAGAUGAAACAGUGUCUAGUGGUAGAGGAAGGCUCCAGGCAUGAACCUCAGCUGGCUGCUCAAUACAUCAACUGGAUUUUAGAAAUAACUCAACGUUUAACAUCAGUGGUGUUGUCACUCCCGGAGGAGCUGACAGAAGACCUUCACCAGGCCGUGACCUUCAUGUCACAGUUCCUGUCCUGACUCACCCUGACGAACGCCUCUGUAUCCAUGAAUCCUGACGUUCGGAUGGAGGAGGUGUCUACUGCUUCUAAAUGAACUGAUGUUGUUAUGACUGUGAAAAGGUGCUACACAAUUUGAUUCAACUGACUGAUGGUGGUAUUUUGGAUAGUCUACUUCAUUUACGAAUCAUGUAGGUUUUUAUAUUGUUCUCCUGAAUGUGGCCCAUAUUAGUCCCUAUGGUGAGUCAGUUGUUUGGAAAUGAAUGUAACCUUGUUGAAUCCCUCCUUGCACUACUGUUUUUUUUUUUGUUGUUGUUUUUUUAACCUCAAAUGUAAUAAUAAAUUAAAUGCAAUAGGGAAAUGUG